AUGAGCUCACAAACGCAGAGUGUUCAAUUGUUGCUCAAUUCUUUCCCCCAACGUCCAUUCGAUCAGAAAUUAUUGCAUGAACUGGUAGGAAAAGAGGUCAAGAAGUUCCAAGGCGAGUCUUCCGCAGACAAUGUCAAAUGUCAAUGGGAGUUCCUCCUUAAGAAUGAGGUAUUUACCUUAGCAGUAACUGAAGGUAGUGCACUGCAGUGCGACAGCACUUUGUAUUAUGAUGGUCUCCGCGACAGACUCGACUUGGUACUGACAUUCACCGAACACGAUGUAUGCGAGACAACCUUCCCUUUUACUGUCCUUCAGGAUCUUCUUGAGACACAGACUAUCACGUCUUGCUCACAAAUAUUCUCUUGGAUCGAGUCAAGUGCUUCUCGACUCACCAAGGACAUGGUCCCACAGAAGGGCAAGGCGCUCAUACUACUGCGCACUCUCAAUGAUCUUCUGCGUCGCCUCUCAAAAAUGGGCUCUACGACGAUAUUUUGCGGUCGUAUAUUGACCUUCCUGAGUGGUGUUUUCCCACUGGGUGAAAGAAGUGGUGUCAAUUUACGAGGAGAGUAUGGGCCUAUGUGGGAGGGUGUCAAAGACAUUGAGAAAAAGGAAUAUGUGGAGACAGUCAAGGGCCCUGAAGACAACCAAAAAAUGGAGGUAGACGGUGGAAAGAAGGAAUCUGCAGAUUCCAAAGACAAGGACGGUUUCUACACUACGUUCUGGUCGCUGCAACUGCCUUUCUCCCGACCCCCAUUGUUUGCCUUCCCCAAUACAUUCGGAGAAUUCAAGGAUGCUGUGGACAAAGUUCUACCCGUCAUCAAGGAGGCGACCACGAAGGAGCGCGCCAUGAUGGGCAAUAGAGGCGCCGGUGGUGCAAGCAGCAACCUAAAACGCAAACGAGAACCAGAGUUGGGUGAAGCAAGCAAUAAUAGCGAAUACUUCUUCGCAAAGUUCUUGACAAGUCCAGACCUUCUCAAUCUAGAGAUUGCAGAUACCCAUUUUCGUCGACAGGUCCUGUUCCAACUCCUCAUCCUCCUUCACCAUCUGUUAUCAUUCACGAAAGUCACAAAGACCGUGUGGUCCACGCCCAGGAACAGAUCUCUCCAAAUGGACUUUACGCUUGAAUCUGCAGAUGCGCAGUGGGUCCAUGACACCAUCACAAAGGUGUCCGCGGAGCUGCGGUCCACCGCUCCAAACGGUCCCACAUUCGCCGACACCGUAAAUGUUAUUCUUGACCGGGAAAAGAACUGGGUGAAGUGGAAGAAUGACCUUUGCGCACCUUUUGAUAGGGAGCCAUGGUCAGCUGAAGAGGCCACGAGGGAAGCUCGGUUGAAGAGAAAGGAGGGUUCUGAGCCGUGGAAGUGGAACCUAGGAUCUGAGUCGCUGACUGAGAUAUGGGAGAUGGGGUACAGGGAUUUGUCCGACCUGCAAAGUCCCUUCCAACCUGGUGAUGUUAAGGAUUUUGUGAAGAAAGUCAAGCAAGAAGAUGCUCGCAUUGAAAUGCGCAGAAAGCAGCUUAUGAAGAAUGCUGAACGCUUAGCUCAAGCGCGAGCCAAGGCAGUUGCCUUGCAAGAGUCCACUGCACGGCAAGAGACACCAGCUCCCGCAUCAACACCAGCAGAGCCACCCAAAGUGGAGCCGCCAACAGCUUCGUUAUCUGCUUCGUUAUCUGCACCCAGUGUCUCCAGCUCGCCCUUGCAUCCAUCCCUACCCCCCAAACCUUGUUCAUCCCCAGUAAAGUCGUUCCUAGAAGCAGGCGCAUCAAGUCCUGCUCGCCUUCCAAUCGCUCUUGCACCACCGUCCUUAACGGUAGCAGCAUCCACACCGACUCCGACUCCAGCUGCAGCCCCGGCCUCAGAAACUUCCUCUGUCACUUCAUUCUUCCAUGAUCUCACUGAUAUGUUUGAACAGAACAGACAACGCUGGUCAUGGCUUGCAUUGCGUACAGCACGAGAUCAAUAUCUGCAGCAUUUCGGCAAGAUCGGUACGGGAGACGUUGUAUUACUUGCCAAUGAGAUAGAGGUAGAGAAGGAACGCUCACAUGUAAUCUAUGCUCUACAACAGACAAGAAGAUACAAAGUCAUCUCUGUCGACAACUACCACAACUCAUUCCCUGAGUCGCUCACUCGUGUAGCCCAAAUUGCGCGAGACACACUUCCAGAAAACUCGUCAGAGGCAGACAAGGAGAGCACAGAAAUUGAUGCAUUUCAGUGCGACUUGACCAGCCCAGAGCAAAUAAAGGGCAUAUUUGAACGCUAUGACAAGGGUGGAAUAUGGGGUGUCGUUCACAUUGCUCGGUCGGCGAGUCUGUUGAGAUUCCCUUUGACAUACUACGCGAACAACGUUGCUGCUACGGUGUCGCUGUUGCAAACCAUGUCCGACUUUGACUGCACUCGCAUUGUCUAUUCAUCUUCUGCUACUGUCUACGGAACACCCCCUGUGAUCCCAAUUCCCGAAACGACGCGUCUCAAAGCCGACAGCCCUUACGGCAAGACAAAAGUCAUGUCUGAGAUGAUUAUUGAUGAUUUGUGCCACGCUGAACCGAAUAGAUGGCGUGCCAUCUCGCUUCGCUACUUCAAUCCUGCAGGCGCGCAUCCCUCAGGGUUGAUAGGCGAGGACCCCCGCGGUCGCCCAGGGAACUUAUUACCUUUGCUAGCACAUAUGGCCAUUGGGCGUGUAGACGAUGCCACUCUGAAAGUGUUCGGAAAUGAUUACCCUACUCCGGAUGGUACCUGCGUCCGAGACUACCUCCACGUGCUUGAUUUGGCCUCCGGACACUUGCUCGCUCUCGACGCACUUUCGCCUGAAUCUACUAUCUUCGAUAACUGCCCCGAUGAUGCGCGCUACAAGGCAUACAAUUUAGGGAAAGGAAAGGGUAUGAGUGUCCUUCAAAUUGUUGAGGCAAUGCGCAAGGCUACAGGAUUCGAUUUCAAAUAUGAGGUCAUUGGAAGACGCCGCGGCGAUGUCCCUGAUCUCACUGCAGAUCCUGCGCUAGCUGAAAGGGAGCUGGGCUUCAAGGCACCGCAGCCUCUCGAGGUUAUGUGCCGAGAUUUAUGGAACUGGCAGUCGAUGAACCCUCAAGGCUAUACCCAACAGUAA